CUCCCCCCACCUACUACCGCAUCCGCCACUGCUCGUUCACACCCGCUCCACUCGUCCGCGCUCCUCCCCCUCCCCGCAGCCCCGACGUGAUCCCGUCGUGGAUGCAGCCGCGUGGGAGGUCGUUCAACCGCCGCUCCCGCAGCUUCUCCCGCGCCCGCCUCGCCGUCGAGGGAUCCUAAUCUCGCCCGCCUCCCGUAACGAACAACCAUCCCAUCUGAUAAAUUCACGCGGAACAGCCCGCCGUUAACAGCCACGGGAACUAAGAUGGACGCCGCCGCCGCCGCCGCCGCUGCCGCCGACGCAGUCGUUGCCAACGGGGUGCUGGCGAAGCUGGAGGAGGAGAGGGAGGCGCAGAAGAGGUACUGGGAGGAGCACUCCAGGGACCUCACUGUUGAGGCCAUGAUGCUCGACUCCCGUGCCGCCGAUCUGGACAAGGAGGAGCGCCCCGAGAUACUGUCUUUACUUCCUUCAUAUGAAGGAAAAUCAGUGCUGGAGCUUGGCGCGGGAAUAGGUCGCUUUACUGGAGAACUGGCUAAGACAGCUGGGCAUGUUCUUGCAAUGGAUUUCAUUGAAAGUGUGAUUAAAAAGAAUGAAAGCAUAAAUGGCCAUUACGAAAAUGCAUCCUUCAUGUGUGCUGAUGUUACAUCUCCAGACCUGGUGAUUGAGGACAACUCGAUUGAUCUCAUAUUUUCAAACUGGCUACUGAUGUAUCUUUCAGACGAGGAGGUCGAGAAGCUUGUAGAAAGAAUGGUUAAAUGGCUCAAAGUUGGUGGCCAUAUCUUCUUUAGAGAAUCAUGCUUCCAUCAAUCUGGAGACUCAAAAAGGAAAGUGAAUCCGACACAUUAUCGUGAACCAAGGUUUUACACUAAGGUAUUUAAAGAGGGCCAUGCCAUUGAUCAGAGUGGGAGCUCCUCUGAACUUUCUCUGCUUACUUGCAAGUGUGUUGGAGCUUAUGUGAAGAACAAGAAGAAUCAAAACCAGAUAUGUUGGCUAUGGCAAAAAGUCAACUCAACAGAAGAUCGGGGGUUUCAAAGAUUUUUGGAUAAUGUGCAGUACAAAACCAGUGGAAUAUUACGCUAUGAGCGUGUUUUUGGGCAAGGUUUUGUGAGCACUGGUGGAAUUGAGACUACAAAAGAAUUUGUGGACUUGCUGGAUCUUAAACCUGGGCAGAAGGUGCUUGAUGUUGGAUGUGGAAUCGGGGGUGGUGAUUUUUUUAUGGCCGAAAACUAUGAUGUUCAUGUUGUUGGCAUUGAUCUUUCCAUAAACAUGGUUUCAUUUGCACUCGAGCAUGCUAUUGGACGCAAGUGCGCAGUCGAGUUUGAAGUUGCUGAUUGCACCACGAAGACAUACCCAGACAAUACAUUUGAUGUUAUCUACAGCCGUGACACCAUCCUUCACAUACAAGAUAAACCCGCUUUGUUUAGAAGUUUCUUCAAAUGGCUAAAACCUGGUGGUAAGGUCCUAAUCAGCGAUUACUGUAGGAGUCCAGGAAAACCAUCUGAAGAGUUUGCGUCAUACAUUAAGCAGAGGGGUUACGACCUUCAUGAUGUAGAGACUUAUGGACAGAUGCUAGAGAAUGCUGGUUUCCAUGAUGUCAUUGCCGAAGACCGCAGUGAUCAGUUCCUGAAAGUUUUACAGAGGGAGCUAGCCGAAGUUGAAAAGAACAAAGAUGAUUUUCUAGCCGACUUUGGUCAGGAGGACUAUGACGAUAUUGUGACUGGGUGGAACGCGAAACUUCAGAGGAGCUCUGCUGGUGAGCAGAGGUGGGGGCUGUUCAUUGGGACCAAGUGAUGGCCCAGAUCUGUGGGUGUCUGCAAGCAAAUAAAGUGGCUUCAUUUCAUGUGGCCUUUCUCAUAAUUUGGUUUUGCAAUUGAUAUUUACCUAUCCUAUUUCUCGGUGAUUCGGGAAAGCUGGUUAUCACGGUCCUGUAUUGAUUCGAUUAUGCGUGAUACUGAUAUAUUCCGCCUAUGUUUGAAGUAAAUAAAAAACCACUUUGUGGCUUUGGUACCA